ACGCCCUGCUCUAUUGGUGGUGACAACUUUUUGAUAGACUUCAUUCACCAAUGCCCUUCGGAUUCUGCCCAUUGAAGCAAUUCAUUCUAGAGUAUCAGUGCGCUUUGGAGCAAUUGUGGCAGGAACAGACAAGUUGAUAAAGAUACAAGAAGAAAAAUGUCAUUGUCCUAAUGCCACUAAGUUGAAUCUGGGGUUUGUAUGAACGCAAUUAUACCCUUGCUAUGACAUAGGGUUGAAAUGAUUGACCCUUGGGUCUUGCUUGAAAAAUCGUUAUAAUUUUACGUAAAUAAGAAGUGUAAUGAUUUAGUUAGCUAUUUUAUUAUAGUCCAUUAUACUCUGAUAAAAGAACUGUUUAGAUGUGGCUCUAUUGAGAAUAGACUACAAGUUGAUAAGGAUCCAUUAAAUAUAAUUGUAAUGUGUAGUUCUGUGUUUUUUUUAACUAUAAACGUGCUUCAACAUUUUUAUGACAUUACAUAUUUGUUAGAUUAAAAUAUACCGUUAUGAAUCUUAUUCUUUGUAUAAAUGGAUUAUAAUGGCUUUUAUAGUAGGAUAACGUCUUAUAACAUAUGUCAUGGCAUGAUUUUAACUCACAUGUAUAUAUGUAAUGUUAUGGGAUUUUGUUAUUUGCCAAAUUGAAUCAACUACAAAAAAACUGAUAUUUAACAACAUAGUAUCAUAUAAACUCCAAGCUACUGAAUUACUUGGUCCCUAUUUGUUGGGAUCAAGGCUAUGGCAUUGUUGUUAUGUACUGAAUUAACGGAUAAAGGAGUUGUCGGUUUUACUUUUCUUUUAUGUGAAUUAAUGUGUUUCUGCUCAGGAGUAUGCUGCUAUCAAUCAUUUAUUUUCUCAAUUUCAUAUUGCUUUCUGUAUUACUGUUGUCAUUGCCAGGAUGGUUUGUAAGCUUCAAUGUAAAAGAAGGUUAAAAUGUUAAAGAAUAUUUAUUGCACAUGCUUACAAAAGAUAGCCAUCCCAGUGUUGUCUAUAGGAUGGAUGAUCAAAGACAGGAUAUGUGUCAUGAUGAGGGUUCCAGUAGGGAUAUGGUGGAGCUUGUCAAUGUUGUACAUGAUCGAGAAGGAGGAACUGUUGUCUCUGCAAUGAGUGAUUUUUUACUUGAAGGAGACGUUGAUAUUGAGCCUCACAGUGACCUUCAAUUUGAGUCAUAUGAAGCUGCUUACAAGCACUACCAAGAGUAUGCUAAAUCUAUGGGAUUCACUACCUCAAUAAAGAAUAGCCGGCGUUCAAAGAAAUCAAAAGAUUUUAUUGAUGCGAAGUUUGCUUGCUCCCGAUAUGGGGUCACUCCUGAAUUUGAUGCUGGUAGCAGCCGUCGACCUGGAGUUAAGAAGACUGAUUGCAAGGCUAGCAUGCAUGUCAAGAGAAAUAAGUAUGGUAAAUGGAUCAUACAUGAGUUUAUAAAGGAACACAACCACGAACUUCUACCGGCAUUAGCAUAUUAUUUUCGUAUUGACCGAAAUGUAAAAUUGGUCGAGAAGAAUAAUAUUGAUAUCUUACAUGCUGUCAGUGAACGAACGAAAAAGUUGUAUGUUGAUAUGUCAAGGCAGUCAGCUAGUUUAAUAAAUCAUGGGUCUACCAGGGACACACUUGGUUCUCAGUUUGAUAAAGGAAAUCGUUUGGUUUUAGACGAAGGAGAGGCCCAAUUCUUACUUGAUUAUUUUAUGUGUGUCAAGAAAGAAAAUCCUAAAUUCUUUUACGCAAUAGAUAUGAAUGAAGAACAAUAUCUUAGGAAUUUCUUUUGGGUUGAUGGUAAAAGUAGGAGUGACUAUGCAAGUUUCAGUGAUGUUGUGUCUCUUGACAGUUCAUACAUGAGAAUAAAUGACAAGUUGCCUCUCGUUCUCUUUGUGGGGGUGAACCAUCACUGCCAGGCAAUGUUACUUGGCUGUGCCUUGAUUGCAGAUGAGUUGACCUCAACGUUUGUUUGGUUAAUGAAGACAUGGCUCAGAGCGAUGGGAGGGAUUGCCCCGCGGGUUAUUCUUACCGACCAGCAUCCUUGUAUGAAGUCUGCUAUCCAGGAGGUUUUUCCUGAUAAGCGGCAUUGCUUUCAUCUUUAUAAUGUUCUUGAGAAAGUAUCAGAAAAUCUUUCGCAACGACAUGAAAAGUUUUCUAGAAAAUUCAAUAAGUGCAUACUCAAGUCAUGGACCGAUGAACAAUUUGAGUUGAGAUGGUGGAAAAUGAUUGGUAGGUUUGAUCUUCAGGACGAUGAUUGGAUAAGUUCGUUGUAUGAAGAUCGCAAGAAAUGGGUUCCUCUAUUUAUGAGUGAUAUCUUCUUGGCAGGAAUGUCCCCUCCACGUCGUCCUGAAAGCGUCAUAUCUUUUUUUGACAAGUAUAUUCAAAGGAAGCUUUCUUUGAAAGAAUUUGUGAAGCAAUAUGGUGGAAUUCUGCAGAACAGGUACGAGGAAGAGGCUAUAGCAGAUUUUGACACGUGGCACAAGCAGCCUGCACUGAAAUCUCCUUCACCCUGGGAAAAACAAAUGUCAGCUCUAUAUACGCAUGCAGUUUUCAAAAAUUUUCAGGUUGAAGUUCUGGGUGUGGUAGGUUGUCACCCUAAGAAAGAAGCUGAAGAUGGAACAUCUGUAACUUAUCGAGUGGAAGACUGUGAAAAGGACGAAACAUUUUUUGUAGUAUGGGAUGAAACGAGGUGUCAGGUAUCUUGUAUGUGUCGUAUGUUCGAGUACCACGGUUUUUUGUGCAGACAUUCAAUGCUUGCUCUCCAAAUUUCUGGUAUUUCUAGCAUACCUUCUCAGUAUAUAAUGGAGAGGUGGAAAAAAGAUGCGAAAUCUAGAUCGUUCAUGGUAGAAGGAACUCAGCGACUGCAAUCCAGGGUACAACGUUAUGUGGCCUUGUGUAAGCAAGCCAUUGAACUGAGUGAGGAAGGAUCGUUAAGUCAAGAAAGUCAUGAUAUUGCCCUGCGAACGCUGGUGGAUACACUGAAAAAGUGUGUUAGUGUAAAUAACAUGAACAGAAGCGUUAUGGAAGCUGGUGAUACCUUUUGUGCUUAUGAUAUUGAUGAAGCAUACCAAGGAGGUAUGUUAAGUAGAACAAGCAAAAAAAAGAAUGUGGUGAAGAAAAGGAAGAUAGCUUCAGAGACAGAUGUGAUGCUGACUGAUGCAGAGGACAGCUUCCACCACAUGGAAAAUCCAAACUCAGAGGGGAUAUCGUUCAAUGGUUUCUAUGGUUCCCAACAGAAUGUUCCAGGACUGGUACAGCUGAACUUAAUGGAGCCACCACAUGAUAGCUAUUUUGUUGAUCAAGACAGUAUGCAAGGGUUGGGGCAAUUGCAUUCUGUAGUGCCAACCAAUGAAGGAUUUCUUGGUUCUCAGCACAGUGUACAUGGGCUGGGACAUAUGGAUUUUCGAUCAUCAUCUAGCUUCUCUUAUAGUUUGCAGAAUGAACAUAAUUUAAGAACCACCCAGUUGCAUGAAGAUGCUUCCAGACACACUUGAGAAACAAAUAUUUGUUUGUAAUUGUCAUGUUUAGAUAUCACAGCUCUUUGAAGUUUUAAAGGUGGAUCUAUUACGAAUAGGGGCAACGCUACACCGGGGAUUGGGGGAGGCAUUGCCUGCGAGGCCAAAUUAUGCAGUGUCUUCUAUUUUAAACCUGAGCAGCAUUACUAAUUUAUAAGUAUGGUAUUAGCUAUUAGGAAUGAUUGAAUAUCACAAGAUUCCGUGUAGUUAAGCGCUUAAAGUAGUAGAAAUAAAACUAAGUUUGUAAUUUGAGUUUUUCAUACAAGCUUGAGUUUUUAUUUUUUGUUAUAAUGUUUUCAUACUGAUGAUUUGACAGACUUUUGUUUUAAAUUGUAGAACGUUUUCAUUAUAAUCAAAAGGUUAGAAUUGUAGCUUGUUUUUUUCUGAAUAUUUUGCUAGUAUAUCAAUCAUUUGAGUAGAAUAAUAGGUAAUGUAUCGGCUAUAUGGCCUCCCUUAUUACAAAUGAAGCUAAAAAAUGCUGAAAUGACUAUAUUAUCUGCAAGAUUGGGGAUAAAAGAAAUUUCAUUGCAGCCAUUCCGACAUGUUAACAGCAGAAGUAGCAAACUUUCUGAUUACUAUAAACAAAGUGUAGCUGAUUUUCGUUAUGGAAUAGAUUGUAGUACAAUGAUAUUCCAUUACCCUAAUGUUAUUAAGUGGCUCCCACCUAAGUGGGAUUUAAGAGUCGGAUGUAUCCAACCUUAGUGUUAGUAAAAACAAAAAGAUUGUUUUAACUGACUCUUGAUAGAAAAUAUGAUUGGAACUUCACAUGAAUAAUGUGAGCUUGAGAAAGUUAGUGAGACUUGGUUUCUUUACAAUUUGCUGCUUUGUAUGUCAUUCCUCUACAUGUGCCCUAUACCCCUGUAUGCAUGUUUGGACGAUGUCGAUGGUGCUGCUCCUGAUCAAUACAUUGCUCUGUUUGUCAUUCCUCUACAUGAAGUUUCUUUCGCUUGAGGUUCUUUUUAAUUUCAGAAUGUUGCUGAUAGUAAUGAAUUUUAUUCAGCAAUUAGAGAAUAUGAAGGCUAAUAUGCAGUUGUAAAGUUCACCUUGAUGGCUAUAACUUGGAUAGUUUCCACAUUUAUGGUCUUUCCUUUUCUGUUACAUAAGGGCUAUUUCAUUUUCAGGUGAUAGUGUCUUCAUUUCUGAAAUUGAAGGUCUUGUUUUAAACUGUACC